AAAAGAGGUAUUAAGUCAGGAUUCAUGCGUAUCACCGCCAACUAAACCAAUUAAACUUGUUGGAUAUUAUCCUGCCUAUAAACCUAAUAAUUUAAAACCGGGAAAAGAUUUUAAUAUCAGCACAUCACUCGAUUACUUAAACUAUGUUGCAUAUGGCCCAAAUGACCUUGUUAAUAAUGUUAAUAAUAUUAAUAGUGGUGGAGACCCAGUUUCAAUUUUUGGCAAACUAAAUCAUUAUUCUAAACUUAAUGAUCUGAUUGACAUUGAUUAUCCUUCGAAGUUCCAGUGCAAUCCUUCAAUAGGAACCAAUUUUUCAGAUUUCAUAAGUAGCAUAGAAUCACAAUUAUUACAAUCAGGUAUUAGUAAUACUAAGAUUUUAACGAUUACGGCAGGCCAAUAUCCUCCUGCAAAUAUGAGCUUCGAAGGCAUUAGUUUUGUAAAUAUUCAGGCAUUUCGUCUUAAUAUAAAUACCGGAAACGCAAGUGCUGGAAUAGAACAAAUUAAAGCAAUCCAAAACUUUUGGAAUUUUGCUAGCUUAGAAGAUUCAAAAUUAGUUUUAGCCGUUGAAUUUGGGGAGACACGUAAGAAGGCUGAAAAAC